UCUCAUCCUCUUCCCUUUCCCCUCGAUCGGAUCCUCAAGAAACGCCCUUUUAAAUCCAACCCCUCUUUACCCACUCAACUUGCGUUCGUCUUCCCACCAAACCUACAGUCCCCUCCUCCCUCUCUCUGUCGCACACACACUCUCUUUCUCUCUCUCUCGCACUGUCUUUCGCUUCUACAAGCUCCGCCAUGGCCACUGAAGAAACCAGUAACCCCCCUCCGCCUCAGCCUUCCCCCGCAGCUCUCCCUCUCCCUCAGUACCCUGAGAUGAUUAUCGCGGCGAUUGAAGCGCUGAACGAUAAGAAUGGCUCGAACAAGUCGGCCAUCGCCAGGUACAUCGAGUCGACUUACACGGAUCUUCCGGCGGCUCACUCCACGCUGCUCUCGCACCACCUCAACAAGCUGAAGCAGAGCGGCCAGCUCGUCCUGCUUAAGAACAACUACAUGAAGCCCGACCCCAACGCGCCGCCGAAGCGUGGGCGCGGCCGUCCGCCCAAGCCCAAGGCACAGCUGCCGCCGGGCGCCGCGAUGUCGCCGCCAAGGCCCCGCGGCCGUCCGCCCAAGCCCAGAGACCCCUUCGCGCCGCCGCCGCUUCCCAAGGCCAAGAGCCCCUCCUCUGGGACUGGCAGGCCUCGUGGCCGUCCACCCAAGAAGGCCAAGACCGCUACGGCUUCGGCCCCGUCUGCGGCUCCGGCUGGUGGCGCGCCCAGAGGGAGGGGAAGGCCGCCCAAGGUGAAGCCGGCAGUCGCCCCGGUUGGGUGCUGAGCUGCUCCCAGAGAGCGGAAGAGAGAGAGAGAGAGAGAGUUAGGCUUUUUUUUUUUUUUUUCUUUUUUAAUUGUUUUUUUCUUUUAGGUAGGUGUAUUUUAGUUCUCUGCUAAUUGAUGUUCUUCUAGCUUUAUCUUUAUCUUUAUCCACUUUUUUGUCUCUUUAUUUAAUUUCUCUCUUUUUUUUUCUUUUUUUAUUAUGUGGUGGGUGUGUUGUAAGGUUGUAAUGUGGAGGUGGGUUUAAUGUGACUGUAAUUGAAUGUAAAUUGUUCAGCGGCUGUUUAGGCUUUUUGUUUGCCUUCUGGAAAUUAUAAUGACCUCUCUCUAAAAAAAGGGUUAAAUCGA